GCUGGCACUUCACUGGAGAGGUGACCAGACGCAAGCUUUCUUUCUCCCGGGUGAGUUUUGGCCUGAGUGGAAAGAUGGUGUUGUGCUGCGGCGGCAAAAGGGUCUGGGUCAUGCUGGCGACAAUGGCGCUGGUCUGCGUGUCCACUAUCGUGGGUCUGUGGGUAUACCAGCUCACCAGCUUCCCGCCUCCCACCAACAAGUGGGACCACUACCGGCUCCCCGACACCCUGGUGCCCGAGCGUUACGACGUGGCGCUGUGGCCACGGCUGGACCCCGACGCCGACGGCUUGUACAUCUUCACGGGACACUCUACUGUCCGGUUCAGAUGCCUCCGCGACACCAACCUCAUCCUCCUCCACUGCAAGCAGCUGAAGCUGUCCACCAUGGACUCGGAUGGGCACCUGGUGAAGCUCACCGCACUCCGUGGCACGCCCCCGGCCAUCCGCAAGACCUGGCUCCACGAGCCCACGCAGUACCUGGUGGUGCAGCUGAAUGGGGUGGUCAAGGCUGGCCAGGAUUACGACUUGCACACCGAGUUUUCGGGAGAGCUCUCCGAUGACCUAGAAGGGCUCUACAGGAGUGAGUACACUGAGGAUGGGGUCACAAAGGUGGUGGCCACCAGUCAGAUGCACCCGACCCACGCCAGGAAAACCUUCCCAUGCUUUGAUGAGCCGGCCAUGAAAGCUGUCUUCCACAUCACUGUCCUUCACAAGCCAGGGACAUUGGCCCUGUCCAACGGCAUGGAAAUUGCCAUUGAGGAUACUACUGUUGAGGGUCAGGCUGUCACCAAGACCACCUUUGAGCCGACUAAGAAAAUGUCCACCUACUUACUGGCACUGGUGGUCAGUGAUUUUGACCAUUUGGCAUCACUGGCUGGCAACACUUCGAUAAGGAUCUGGGCUCGUAAGAAUGCCAUCAUUCAAGGCCAUGGAAGCUAUGCUCUGAAUGUGACAGUGCCUGUGCUCAAGUUCUUUGAGGAUUACUACAACAUCUCCUACCCUCUCUCUAAAUCAGACCAGAUUGCACUACCUGAUUUCUACUUUGGGGCAAUGGAGAACUGGGGUCUUGUCACCUACAGAGAAGCCAACCUACUCUACGAUCCAGAUGUAUCGUCCAACAGGAACAAAGAGACAACAGCUACAAUCAUCGCUCAUGAACUGGCUCACAUGUGGUUUGGAAACCUGGUGACCCUGAAAUGGUGGAAUGAGGUUUGGUUAAAUGAGGGCUUUGCUUCCUAUGUGUCGUACCUUGGAGCCAAUAGGGCAGAACCUACUUGGAAUGUGAAAGACCUGAUUGUCCUGGAUGACGUGCACAGAGUGUUUGCAGUGGACGCCCUGGCAUCCUCUCAUCCCUUGUCCUCCAAAGAGGAGGAGAUCCAAAGACCGGAGCAGAUCAGUGAGCUCUUUGAUGCCAUCUCCUAUAGCAAGGGGGCCUCAGUCUUGCGGAUGCUGUCUGACUUCCUCACUGAGCCUGUGUUCCUCCAGGGUCUCAAAACAUAUCUGAAUGAAUUUGCCUACAGUAACACAGAAGGGUCAGACCUGUGGAAUCAUCUACAGCAGGCCGUUAAAGAGACUGGAACCAAUUUGCCAGCAACAGUCCAUGAAAUCAUGAACCGCUGGGUCCUCCAGAUGGGCUUCCCUGUGGUCUCCAUAGAUACCGCCACUGGAACUGUAUCCCAGCAACACUUCCUGCUGGACCCUGACUCUGUAGUGGAGAGACCAUCUGAGUUCAAGUAUCAGUGGAUAGUUCCCAUAAAGUGGAUGAAGUCUGGAGGGAAUGAUGAACUUUCUUGGCUCAUGGAGAAAAGUGCCGGUUAUAGUCCAAUGAAAACGACUGGAGAGCAGUGGUUGCUGGCGAACAUUAAUGUUACUGGGUACUACAGAGUGAAUUAUGACACUGCAAACUGGGAUAAACUUCUGAACCAGCUCCAUGCGGAUCAUCAGGUUAUCCCUGUCAUUAACAGAGCACAACUUGUAGAUGAUGCUUUCAAUCUUGCAAGGGCUAAAAUAAUCCCAAUGAGUGCAGCUCUGAACACAACAAGAUACCUCAUUACUGAGAGGGAGUAUAUGCCAUGGGAGACAGCAUUGAACAAUCUGGAUUACUUUUACCUCAUGUUUGAUGGUACAGAAGUGUAUGACUUGUUGCAGGGAUAUCUAAAGAAACAAGUGGAGCCCCUAUAUGCUUACUUCAAGAACAUCACUUUAGACUGGUCAGACAUACCCGAAGGCCACACCGAACAAUACAACCAGGUUAAUGCUCUACGAGUGGCCUGUAGCACUGGGGUUAAUGGCUGCCAGAAUCUCACUUUAACCUGGUACAGCCAGUGGAUGGCACAGCCUCAGAAGAACAUGAUCCACCCCAACCUCAGAGCCACGGUCUACUGCAGUGCCAUGGCCAGUGGAGGCGAGGACCAGUGGAACUUUGGCUGGAAGAUGUUCCAGAAUGCUUCCAUCGCCAUAGAGGCAAACAAACUCAUGGCAGCCCUGGCCUGCACUAAAGACACUGCACUUCUAAACCAAUAUUUGAACUACACGCUGGACUCCGCCAAAAUUCGAAAACAAGAUGCUACUACUGUUAUCGUGGCUGUUGCCAGUAAUGUGCAUGGGCAGACGUUGGCUUGGAACUUUGUGAGAGACAACUGGCGGUAUAUUACACAAUAUGGAAGCGGAUCUUUUUCAUUCGCAAGUCUUAUAAGUGGUGUGACCGCAAGCUUCUCCACACAAGCAGAGCUGGAUGAGCUGGAGAAGUUUAUGAUGGACAACUCGGACAUUGGAUUCGGGUCUGGCACCACUGCCCUCGAGCAGGCUCUGGAGAAGACGCGUGCCAACAUCCGAUGGGUGGCUGCAAACCAGGACGAGAUCAAAGACUGGUUCAUCCAACACACAUAAUCAACACUUCACAGAGUUAAAUGAGCAUUCCCUAAUUAUCCGGUGUAGGAAUUUCGCAACUGUUGUUUAUGGAAGCACAUGAUAAAAAAAAAAACUGAAAUAUCUACUUUUUCCACCUAAAAGGUUGGUGGGGAUCCUCAUGAUAGAUCAGAGUUGCGUGUGUUGCGUAAAGACCAGAGUAUACUGUAGUACCCCCCCACCCCACACACACACACACACCUUCUCUUCUUUCACCUGGCUGUCAGAGGACACCCAGCUGAGUGUUAAAACCCUAAAGCCUUUCCAGCUCUCAGCAGGUAUGCAAUUAGCACUUCACUGCUGUUGUGAUAGAGGCUGUAAACCACUUCCCUAUGUCAUCAGGAAUUCCAAGGCCUCAUUGGAAAUGCUGUAAAAAUGCAAUGCAAGAGUAAUGUGUGCAUCUCAAACAACGCCUGAACAUUGUGUUUUUCUAAGGGCCUUCAUUUGAUGUUGGACAAAGUUGUACUGUAAUUUAACGAGGUGAAAUCUAUUUGCUAAUGGGCAAGACAGUAACUACAGAUAUGGAUGAGUCACCUCAAUGCUUCCACAUGCCACAGGAUAGCUAGAGUUGAUAGCGAACUUUUCAUGGUGAUAGACGUUGCACUUUGCCCACCAUAAGGGCCCUAUGCCUCUGCUGCUUUUUAUUCUUUCUGUGUUUUAGGUCAUCAAAAAUGUAUCUCUGUACCUUUAAAAUAAUUUAUAUUCUUGUGGUUAGCCAGUGUAUGAAUAAAAUAGGCAUUAGUACUCAACGAUUGAGAUUGUUUUUGAAAAUAGUACAUUGCUUAUUCUAACAACUCGUUCAAAAUGGGAUCAUGAUAAGUGUUUUUCUUUCAGAAUAUCUGUGAACUGCCUUUGCUUAGAAAUGACAACAAAUCUCUAUACAUCUUAAAGUUUAUUUUA